AUAAAAAGAGAAAUUUUGUUUGACUUCAAGAGGCCCUCAGUAUAUGAAAAAGAAGUUGAGACUGGUGGGAGGAAUGAUUACUUCUGGUUCCAAAACACUUGGUAGAAGGAAAUGUCAUUUCCUCCAGUUUCUUCCAGCCUCUGGUAUAAAGUGAUCAAAUAGUAAAUCCAGAAAUUACGAUUACUCAUGUGUUCAUAGUCUGUUGUGUCACUCCAACCAUGAGACUCAUCUUUCAAGCGUGUUCAAUGAUCAUCACACUGGGCAACCUUGUGGCUUCUCAAGCACAGUCUUCUGGUUUGGAAGAUGCCAUCAAGACCAAAAUAAUCAAUUUCAAUAAUGAGAAGAUGCAGAUCACAUGGGCAGCAAGAGAGCUUUUUCGCAAUGAGAAUGUGUCAUUUUCUUACACAUUUGAUGAAGGCAAGCACAAAGUUUGGAAGCCAUGUCCCACGUAUUUAUUGGAUCAAGAUUAUAAUUUUGGGUGUCUUUUUAAGACAGAAGGACCCACCCUUGCCAUCUCUAUUAGGAACAGCAACGGAAGUGGAGAGUUUUUUUCUAAAAAAUUAAAAUCUGAUUUUUAUAUAAAGCCCAAUCCACCAGAAAAUGUGACCUUCUUCUGGAAAGAGGACACAGUUACUGUGAGCUGUAAUAAACCAGAGAGAGCUGUGAAGUGCUUGAGACUUGAGCUUCAAUACAAAAGCACGUUUGACAAAGAGUGGCAAUCCAGAACUUCCAGAUGUUGCCGUGUUGGAGAUCAAGGCUUUGAUUCAAGGAAAUGCUAUUCUUUCCGGGUCAGACUGAAGAGACUAGUACCCCACUGCAACGUAGUUAAUUACAGCAGUGACUGGGAAGCAGAAACAUUUUGGAAGAAUGGCACGUUAUUAGAUUCAUGUGAUGAUGAUAGAACAUCUCAGUCAAACACAGUAAUAGUUUUAAGUUGCUUGCUGGCAGUACUUCUGAUGAUGAUUAUCCUCCUGAUUCUUCUGUGUAAGCGGCAGAGGCUUCAGAUGUCAGUCAUGCCUGCUAUACCAGAUCCAAAAUACAUAUUUGCUGAUCUCUUAAAUGAUCAUAAUGGAAACUUCCAGGAAUGGCUAGACAAAACUGAUCAUGUGGUGCUUCAAACCAAGCUAGAAUAUGAAGAGCCAGAGUGCAUCACUGAGGCAGAAAGCCAACAAGAAGAUGAAAAGAACAGUGGCAAACAGGGGCCUUAGGAAAAAAUCUUCACUUUUUCAGGAAUGGCUGAAAAUAGUGACCUCAAAGCAGCUCAGAUUACCUGCCUGAUACCAGCAUCCAACACUAUAGCUUCUUUUGCUGGCUUUCAUAUUUUAAUGAAUGAUGACAUGUAUGUGACUUUAUAAAAUCUGCACAAUGCAGAAGGUGUUAGGAAAUUACAUAAAAGAUCCUGUUGAGUUUAGGGGAGUGACUGAAUAGAAAAGAUCAUUAUGAUAAGAUUCACUUCAACAAAGGCACUGGGCUGUGUUAUCUCUUGGAUCUGGACUUUCCCAACAAUUCUGAUAACUUGGGCAGACUCAGUGUUUGAAGCAAACUCCUGAUAAUUUAU